AUGACCGCCACAGUCCACCUCCUGCUAGCAGAACAUCUCCGCACUUCGCGCUUACGCUCGAGGCCAAGCUCAAACCUGGCCUUUCCCUUUCCCAAGCCUCAGCAUUGGGCAAAUACUACUUCUAGGCUCUUCGCCACCCUCCCUCGAAGGCACUUUUAUUCCUCAAUGGCGUCAGAAUCUUUCAACUCGUCCCAAGAGGACGUCCGCGGGCAGCAGCGUGCAGAUAGCAACUCAAGUGACAGUUCACAAGGAAAACCCUACGCUACGAGGGCUGCUGCUGCUGCAGCAGAACAUAAAGUCCUCUCUUAUCUACCUUACUUGCAUCAUCAUGCCCCCACCCACCUGCAGACCGGAACCACGACGGACUUCCCAAAUGGCAGAACCCCGAGCAGCCUGGAGACCGCAGAUCACACCCAGCUAGGCGAAGUGGCCACCAGCUCUUCAGACGACCCUUAUGGCCCUCGUCGGUGGACCUCGAGCAUGGUGGAACUGAACGGGAAGGACCGCGCGCUCAAUGAGUUUUCUGUGGAGAGGAUCGGCGAGGAAGCAGACCAACAUCUGGUCAUGCUCCACGGGUAUGGCGCUGGCCUUGGCUUUUUCUACAAAAACUUCGAGCCACUGAGCCGGCUCAAGGGCUGGCAAUUGCAUGCUCUGGAUAUGCUAGGCAUGGGUCGGAGUACCCGACCCUCAUUCAAAAUCAAGGCCAAAGGCAGAGAAGAUGCCAUCAGAGAAGCCGAGGCUUGGUUUGUCGACGCCCUUGAAGAAUGGCGCAUCAAGCGCAAGAUCGAUCGCUUCACUCUGCUGGGACACAGUCUUGGCGGGUACAUGGCUGUUGCUUAUGCGCUCAAAUACCCCGGCCAUCUCAACAAGCUCAUCUUGGCGUCCCCGGUCGGCAUCCCAGAGGACCCAUAUGCCGUCACUGCAGAGGUCACCGAGCCGUCAUCGUCGACGUUGCCCAACGAGCUCACCCAAGACCAGCGCGAUAUCACCUCUGUACCGGAGACCGCACCCAAGACCAGCGACGGCAGCUUCAUCACUGGCCGUCAACCACCCGUAGAGGCUAAUCAACCACCCCGACGAGUCCUUCCCAAAUGGUUCGCCUACCUAUGGGAAGCUAAUAUUUCUCCCUUCAGCCUGGUUCGCUGGGCAGGUCCCCUCGGUCCCCGCAUCGUCUCUGGCUGGACUUCUCGCCGUUUCUCCCAUCUCCCGGCCGAAGAAGCAUCCGCGCUUCACGACUACUCAUACUCUAUUUUCAGCCUUCGCGGCAGCGGCGAGUACGCUCUCGCAUAUAUUCUUGCCCCUGGCGCAUUUGCUCGCAGCCCUCUCAUUCAUCGUGUCCAAGGCCUCGGACGCCAGUUGAUCCAUAAUAACAGCCCUCUCCCUCAUCCAAUGGCUGGCGCUACCGCUCCGCCGACAUCUGAUGCACCCGACUCUACUGCUCCCUCCUCUCCCCAGCCUACCCGUCGCGAGAAUGGUCUUCCUGUCGUCUUCAUGUAUGGUGAUCAUGACUGGAUGGAUGUCUCGGGUGGUCAUGCGGCAGCUGCUCGCCUGCAAGCAGAGAAGGAGAAGGUUCUUGCAGAUGCAUCACCAGAGGAACGACGCGCUGACGAAGGAUCCUCAAGAGUGGUUGUUGUCAACAAGGCUGGCCAUCAUCUGUACCUUGAUGGCUGGGAAGAAUUCAAUAGCGUGAUUCUCGCCGAAAUGGAAGAGGUCGAAACACGGGAGAGGAAUCGCCAGUCUUAA